ACUCAUUGUCUUUUGGUAAACAUUGUGGCAAUCAACAACUACACGGAAAGAUACAACAGUUAUCUGCUGCGGCUACUGAUUGGUUAAGUUGCCAGAUGAAACCACAUACCAAAUAUGGCGUUUCAGCGACAGCUGCCUCAACUGCCCUCUGCGAGGAUGUGCGCAACUUUACCACAAGGCGUCGCAAUCUGCUGUAUUUGAUGCACCGCUAUUUGCAGGAGAAUGGCUAUUAUGGCACUGCCGAGGCGCUGAAGGGCGAGGGGAAGCUGUCCGAAGAGUACGAGCUGUGCGACAAUAUUGACUUGGACGCCAUCUAUUUGGAGUAUGCGAGCUUCUUCAACAUGAAGUUUGGUAAAUAUCCUCGCAUACUCAAGAAAAUGGGGCCCAAACUCAAGCUGGAGCUCAACUCGACAACGAAGCCUAUUCUCAAAGAGCAUUCACAGUCGCAGUCACAGUUGCAGUCACAGUUGCAGUUGCCGUUGCCGUUGCCGUUGACUGGGUCGCAGUCACAAACCCAAUUGCAGUCACAGCAGCAGGCAUGUUGGCAUGCGGGCAUUGGAGCUACCACAGCAGCUGCCGCUGCCAGUUUGACAACGGAUACGGGGCAAGCGGGGCAACUGGGUGGACAGCUAAAGGCGAGCAGUUUGCCGUUGCAUGUGAAAAAAAUGGAGACUGGCGAAACGUUGGCAACGCAGGACACCGUCAGACGUCUAAAUGCACUAAGCGAAAUCGAGCAUGGACAUGCGGGCGAUGAUGCACUGUUUGACUCACUGGAAUGGCAAUCGCUCGCAGAGCUCGUUAAGACGAGCAUUCUGUGCGAGGACAUCAAGCUGCGUUGGUCGGACAUCUGCGGCAAUCAGCGACCCAUCGAGCUGGUCAAGGAAGCUGUCCUCACGCCCAUCGAGUAUCCGCAGCUAUUUAUCAAUGGCCUGAAGCCCUGGCGUUCACUGCUGCUGCACGGUCCACCGGGCAGUGGCAAGACCUUUCUGGCCAAAGCCCUCUACGCCGAGACACGUGGCAUUGUGACAUUCUUCAAUAUUACGGCCAGCAUUAUGGUGUCCAAGUGGCGCGGCGAAUCGGAGAAGAUAUUGCGUGUGCUCUUCCACAUGGCGGCACGUCGGGCACCAUCGGUGAUCUUCUUCGAUGAGAUUGAGAGCUUGACCUCGAGACGCGAUCGAUCGACAGAUCAUGAGUCAUCGAAGCGUUUCAAGAACGAGCUGCUGCAACUGCUCGAUGGCAUGGAGCAUACGCUGAGCGGUGUCUUUGUGCUGGCCAGCACGAAUCUGCCGUGGGACAUCGAUGAGGCAUUCCUGCGUCGCUUCGAGAAGAAGCUACUCAUCCAGCUGCCCAGCGCCGCCGAACGCACCACACUCAUCCAACGUCUGCUCGGCUCAACUGUCAGCUUGAGUGGACGACAGCUGGAGCUGCUGGUGCGGCAAUCCGAGCAUUUUACAGGUGACGAGAUUCGUCUCGCCUGCAAGGAGAUCUGCAUGCAGCGAAUGCGUUGUGCCACACGCGGUGGCAAGGAGACAACGACAACGACAACAACUAAACCGGACACCAAUCAGGAGGCAACGCUUGAGCGGGCCUUCAAACAGAUUAAGCCGCUGGGCAUAAAGCUGCUGGCCAAACACGAGCAGUGGCAGCAAGAGAACGGAUCCUAAUCAAUUCCAUUUCAAAAUUAGCACAAUUGCAUUGCAUCAUUGACAGAUUGACUUCAAUAAAGAAGACUAGUUUUAGAUUGAA